UUAUUCACUUGUCAAAAUGUCUUGAAAGAAACACGGCGUCAUGUGAUGAAAUGAAAAUGCAUUAAUUCUUGGCGAUAUUUUUCAUGUCUUGUGUUUAAUGUAAAUGCAAGGAGUGAUGAUAGCGACAGGAGUAAUCAUUUGUAUUUUUAUUUGUGACUUUGUGGGAGGAACAAACGUUUUUAUUUGACAUUUGUUUCCACGUGGUGUACGUCAGAUUUUAGUCGACGUGUUAGGAACUUCACAUAUUUUAAGUUCUUGACCGCAUUUUACGGAGAAAUGGAGUCCUUGAAUAUGUCUAAGUUAAACCUGUCCAGCGUGCGGGGCAACACGUCCAACGAAAACAGUGCACGGGCUGAGCCCUUCGAAGUAAAACUGGAUACCACCGCGCUAACCGACCCCGAUGAUGAGUAUCAUUGUGAAUACAGAGACGACAUAUGGCAGAGCCUGCUUGAACAAGAGUCACAGAAGCCCACAAUCCACCUGCAAUCACCACAGUUGGAAUUCCGCGGCACAUUAGUGCAGCAGCUGCGUGACGUCACCAAGAAGCUGGGCCUUAGCAUCGCGACGCUCCACUCAGCUGUCGCUCAGCUCGACCUGUUCAUGGACGCCCACCGGCUCAGAGCGGACCGGCUGACUCAUGUAGCGCUGGCCUGCCUUAGUCUUGCUGCGAAAAGCGAAGAGAAGAUCGGUCGCGCGCCCACACUGAAAACCUUGGCCAAGAUCAGCGGCGUCCAGCUUUGCGGCAAGACAUUCCGCCAGCUAGAAUGGAUGGUCGGCCAACACGUGCGUUGGAGGCUCCUGGCACCAACUCCCGUGUCCUUUGCAGCGCUACUGUCUCAGUACGUGGUGACUGAUGGCGACCUGACCACCAGACACCCGAAGUUCGUGAGACGGUUCCGCAGAGAUGCGGCUCGAUUGCUGGAAAGAUAUCUGGACUUGACGCUGUCUGACGUGCGCCUCAAAGUGGUGGACUCCGUUGACGUUGGCUGCGCGUGCGUCGCGUGCGCGCGCGCCGACCUUGGCCUUAACGCGUGGCCUGCAUGGCUCGCUGAGCGUGCCGGCCGUAAACCCACCAGCGUGGCGCCCCUAGCGCGUCUUCUGCAGCGGAUGAUGCAAAUACUGAAAUCUCGCGAGAAUGGCGGCGAUUCCGAAGCCGAUCAAGGUUAUAGCAGCGCGAGGACAUCUCCCAACCUCACUCCGUGCACUUCCCCGAGGUACCACAUAUCUCCAGCAUCCAGUACUUGCAGCAAUUCCUCCAGAAGUUACAUCAACGUCGACUCUUCCUACCGCCAACACCCAAUCACAGAACGAAGACCAGACUCCUCAUACUCCGUCUUAGACUUAGACGACACAAACGUCCAGCCAACCGUGAACGUACAAGAAUACUACCAACUACCCACAGCCGUUGACAUGACACUGCAAAGGGUCGACAACCCAUCGGAGUACAGGUAUUGUAGAUCCCGUAGACUUGUAGAAGCUAGUUUAGAAACUGUCGAACCGUCUACCAGUAUGGCAGUGAAACGAGGCCUCGAAAACAACGUAGAAUUAGAUAGGAAACGGUACAGAUUAACCACUCAAAUGUCACAAGUGGUUCUAUGAUUAUAUCUAGUCCCAGGUCUUCGUUCACGAAUGUAUCAUGGCAACGAUAUAAACAUGUCGUGUGCUGUUCUAUUCGUGAAUGUAGACGCACGGUUGCGAAUACGUGCCGAUUAUUUACUCCUUUUCAUCUUAUUUGUCGGUAUUUGCGAUCGAAACUUAGGAUAAUUUCACUGUGUAUUCCAAAUAUGCUAUUUAUACAUGUAACGCUGCAGCUAGAUGCUUUUUGAAAUUAUUGCGAAAGAAAUUACGUCAUCUAGAUAUCGCAUAUCUAAUACGACAUAAGUAUACCUAAUUUGCAUAAUAAGUAUACUUAUCUAUAUUCUAAAACUUACACAGUACACGAAAUCUUAAUCAGCUGAAGUGCCCGCGGUACCGAGUUAAUCUGUAUUGUUUAAAAUUGACAGUAAAACGAAAAGCAAUUGAGAAGUGUUAUGUUGAAUGGAAUUGAUGACUAAAGAAUGACUAUUGAACGUGGUUGUGAUAAAAAGUAAUCGAAAAGGACACCUUCUCGAUUGUAAUUUUGUACUAAACUGUAGGUGUAGUUAGAAACAAAUUGUUAGGUUAAUGUCAUCGUAUUUGAAUUUCUUAAAUUAGAACGGAUCAAACAUUUAUCUUAAAUAAACCUUGCACUAUUAGAUUUUGAUUUUAACACAGACGAAAUAGAGCAGCCACGAUUUUAUUUCAUAAACCAGAAACGAAAUUGUUCAAAAGAUACAAUAAGAUCCUACAAAUUAUUCUAAUACUGUUUAAAUAUGAUGACAUUUUCCUGUAAUUAGUUAAUUAGUCCCGCAAACAUCAACAGAACAUGUCCACAACAGUAUUUAUCCAACAUUCCUGUUAAAUCUGAUGUAAAACUAAAAAAAAAACAUAAAAAUAAGGUCACUUUCAAAUAUGCGGUUUUGUGUGAGCGUAUACGUGCUUAUUUCGUGUACACGAAUCGUUAACGUUUCGUUCGCGCGUUUUUCUAUAAGCCGGGUGCAGACGGGUGUAACGCGUAAUGAAAUGUAUCGUGUAAUGUAAUGGAAAUAGUAUGGGCAGCACUUUACAUUACACCCGUUUGGCGGCUUUAAGCGCGAAAUACCACCAAAAUUCGUACAGAAACUGCUUAUUCGACCAUAAAAAAAUUACCAUGUCAUGUUGAUGUUGUGGUUGUCUCGAUUGCCUUAUGACUGUUUAGUGUAGCCUGUAUUAGACACAAUUUCUACACAAAAAUAAUCAAGUGUAUGUCAAAUUGUAGUAUCAGAACGAUCUGGAUAUCGUUCUAUAUUAUUUUUUGUUUAAUAUCAGUGACUUAAAUACUCAUAAAUAAUUAAAGUAAGAUAACCAACAUAUACUUGAUUGUAUGGACCUAAAAAAUAGUUUAAUUGCAAUGAUACUUAAUUUGGACAUCGCGUUACUUUAACUUUAGUAUUUUAUGUACUUCUUGUCUGUAUAGCGUUGUUUUUGUAUAUGAGUUAUGUAUAGCGAAUACACACUAUUUAAAUGAAUAUAUUAUUAUUCGGUUAGUUGAGUGUUCGAUUGCUGUUUUUAAAUAACUUGGUAUUUGAAAUGUUCUCAACAUAAUUUUAAUUUAUAACAGCAGUUGAGACACUCGAUAUUUUAACCAAUUUCGGCUGUUUUGGAUAAGUUGUGAUUGUUUUAAUUUAUUGUUGCGAGUAUUUCGAAGUGAACUGUUGUUUAUGAACCUGCAUUUAGUUAAUGUGCUAUCCAUUAGUCAUGUAUUUACUUUUACAUGUUCCUUGAAGUUUUGCAGAUAUUUUUCAAAGUAUUUAAACGCCAAGUUAGUAUUUAAAUAUCUGCAAAAUGCAUAAUUUCUGUGUUUUAUCUGACAUUUUGAGAUUACCAUGACUAUGUGGAUAGUGUUGAUCGCUUCGAGGUAUUUCCCUUUGAGUGAUAUGGAAUAGAAUCUUUUUUUAUAUAGAUUUCUAUCAUCGCUCAGUUUUACUCGAAGUUGUUUUUAUUUUUUUAAUUUUAUACAAUUCAAAGAUUCCGUUCCAUUACCACAACUUUUUUAUUUACCCCAAAAAUGGGGUCAUCAUUACCACUCCACAUAUUAUUUUGAUGUGACAAAGAUUCAAUGGUGUAGAGAGCUAGGCAAAAUUGACAAAUGUAAUUUUUUGUGUAUAAUUAUGUAGAAGUGUGUAUAGAUGGCCUCAAAGACUCACGCGGGUGUAAUUUUAUGUCGGUUAAGUAUUUUCUUAUAAUUUUUACGGCCUACGUUUUUUUUAAUUCUUUUGUUGAUUUUAAAAAGAUAAUAAUGCCUACGGUGUAUUUUUCAAAUCGUCGAGUUACCAUUACGUUUCUAGAUUUUAAAAUGCCGAAUUUUCUCCAAUAUAUUGAUGAUGUUGAAAUUUUAAGCGCACGAUGGUGUUGCCCUGUUGAUGAAAAUUUUACCCCUGUUUCUAACGUGAUUAGAUUUUUAACUUCCCUGGUGAAUCAAACCGAAGAAAUGUUCCUCAUCUUAUUUUUAGAAAAUCCUAAGUAAUUCUUAUCUUAUACUUUUCCUUCUUUUUCUUACGGUUUUACAAACAACUGCCAGAAACGACUAGUAUAUUUAAAAAAAACAUUCAUGUGCUUCCUUCAUCAUUCUGAUUUAAAUAAGUUCAUUGAUCUGUAUAAUGUGUUUUCCAGUUCAAACAACAUAAAAGGAACUCAAAAAAUCUGUUUUUUAUUCUGAAUACCUACAUGUGAAAGAGCCAACCAAUUUCGGAGGCUAAAAUUUUCUUGACAUGAUCCCAAGCUAAGUUUUAUUUGGUGUUAACUGGAAACCAUAUUAAAAAUUCAUUAGGUUUACAAUCACCUGUGUAAUCAGCUAUGAUGCUUAUCAAUUGUAUAGUGCAAAUGUUGCACAACAUAAGUAACGGGUAUAUGUAUAACUAAAACUGUUAAAUUAUUGAUUAUAAUCAAAAUAAUGUGUUCUUCUGGAAUUGUAAGGUAUCAAAAAGUAUGGAAAUUACAAACCUUUGCUUGCAUUGUUGGAAAUUGUUACAAAUAUAUCAAGUAGUCAAAAUGACGCUUAUAGCAGUCGUAUUUAAAGAUUACAUAAUAUACCUAAGUAUUUACUGUAAAUUAAUACCAUAAUAGAGCCUUACAAUUUUAGAUUAAUAUUAACGUUAAAAUUCAUGGGCCCGUAUUACGAAUCGACGCUUAAAACACAAUUCUCUUCAAAUCUUUGAUUCUAAGAUUUUCUCUCUAUUUUAGUUAAAAUCUUUGAUUGGUUUGAGUUAAAUAUUUAAACCAAUAAGAGCAGAAACUACACUUAAGUUUGAACAGAAAUUCGAGCAUCGUUCGUAAUACAGGCCAUGAAGAUUCAUACAAAAGCAAAUCCUAUGUACGACUAUUAAUGUUAAGACUGAAAGUUAGAUUGUAUGAGCGGCUCAG